AUGCUGGGCACCUUCACCCCCGUUCGCGUCGUCUCUCUCAAGUCGCGCACAGACCGCAGGACACACAUGCAAACCUUGGCAGCCUUCCGCCGGCUCCAAAACCUCCGCUUCACUGACGCCGUCCUCUACUCCGACCCGCGUGCCCUGGAAAUCGUCCAGCGGGUCGGCAAUCACACUAGGACUGAUAAGGGGAUCGCGGAGGUGGGCCAUGUGGCGUGUCGGAUGUCUCAUCAUGACGACGAACUCAGAUUGAUCCUCGAAGAUGAUGUCGAUAUCGAGGCCGCAUUCAAGUACCUCGCUGGAACAAUUCUCAGGGAUGUUCCCAAAGACUGGGAUAUAAUGUUCUUUGGCCACACAGACUUCAGCGACGAAGCGCGAAACGGGCCGGGCCCGUCGACGAGCAAUUUCUACAUCUACAAGUCUGUGGAUCCACAAGGUGAGGACGAAAACUAG